AUGAGUAUGAAUCAUCUCACGGUCACGGAUUCAGGUAAGGAUAUGUGGUCGAAUCUGUUUUUACUUGUGGAUACUGCGGUUAUGGUUCGGGAAGAAGAACAACGUCGUCGCCGUGGAGAAGACGAUAGCGAGAAGAGCUUCUUCUAUCUUUUCCCGAGGAAGAAAAGGUCUUCUUUGGUGAAGAGAAGAUACGCACAACAAAACCCUAAUGGGACUUUGAUGAUGUCUUCUGCAUCUUCAUCGUUCGUGAACCUUCGUUGUUAUAAUUACCCUUCGUUACUCCUGGGUUACAACACGGCUAAGUCUGCGAAGACAGAGACGAACGACCCUAGUUACGAACCAUGCCUAAAGGAGAACACGACAAGCCGCAAGAGGCGUGCCGUGCAACAGAGGAAGAGUGGUAAUUUCAAGAAAGCAAAGGUUGCUACUUUCCCAAGGAGGACGGAUACAGAGACACCGGAGUGGAUUUUUCAGGUGAUGAGAAGAAUGAGAGCUGAUGCCGCAAACCCGUUGCUAAUAUUUGAGAAGGGUCUAAAAGCGAGUGAUGUGAAAUCAGGCCAGAGUCGUCUUUUAAUCCCAUUCCAGCAGCUCAUCAGGAACGACUUCUUGACGCCAGGGGAGCAUCGAGCAAUAGAUAAAGACGAUGAGAAUAUUGGUGUUGGAGCGAUUUUUGUAAACCAAAGAUGUGAAAAGUGGGGUGUGCGUUUUAAGAUAUGGGCGAUGGAGAAAGACAGUGGACACGGGACCUUGAAUUACGCUUUGAACUGGGGGUGGAACGAUGUCGUCAAGGGUAACCACUUAAAACAGGACGACAAGAUCAGUCUUUGGACUUUCAGGUGCCGUGGAGUACUCUGCUUUGCUCUUGAGACAUACUAA